GGACCGCCGGGGCGCGGGCUCCUCCACUCCUCCUCCUCCUCCUUCUCCUCCUCCUCCUCCUCCCGCCGCCGCUCCAGUGCCGGCGGGGCUGCGGGGCAGGACCCGCUGCCGAGCAUCCUCCGGCCGCGGGGCUUCGCUGCGCUCCCCGCUGGGGCAGGAGGCGGUGGCAGGUGUCCCAGGCCGGGCAGCCCGGGACCUUUCGCAGCGCCCGCCCCCGCGGCGUCCGCGGAGCUCGGGCUUAGCGGAUUCCUGCCUCCCCGCUCCCGUCCGUCGGUCGGGGGCUGUCGGCGGCGGCGGCCGCGGGAGCCGUCGCUCCCCUGCUUGCCCCCUCACCACCGCCGCUGCGGGAGCGAAGGGGAGACCUGAAAGCCCGGGCGAGCCGCGGGAGAAGAUUAUGGCGACGUGACCGGGACGCGGAGCCGCCUGGCCGGAGCCCCCCCACCCCGUACCCCGGCGGAGCGGAGAGAGCGGAGCCGCGCGGCUCCCCCGGCCGAAGCCGCUGUUCGCAGGCAGUCUGCAGGGCCCGCGGCGGAGCGGAGCGGUCUCCAGCCCUGCCCCAGCUCAACAUUCUCUACUUCGGAGGCUCUUUCUUUUCCUUUUGUCGAUAAAGAUGAGAAAAAAGUGGAUAUUGGAAGAUCUUAAUUUUAUCUUUUUUGGUGUGCUCUGUCUCAUUUUCAUAGAUGGAGGUAAACUAGAACAAGUAAAACAUUCAGAUACAUACUGUGUGUUUCAAGAUAAGAAGUAUCGUGUAGGAGAAAGAUGGCAUCCUUACCUAGAACCCUAUGGCCUUGUUUACUGCGUUAAUUGUCUUUGCUCAGAGAAUGGAAAUGUACUGUGCAGCAGAAUAAGAUGCCCAAGUCUACACUGUCCUUCCCCUGUGCAUGUACCACAGCUGUGCUGCCCACGAUGCCCAGAAGACUCCCUUUUCUCAGUAAGCAGCAAAAUCACCGGGAAAUCCUGUGAAUACAAUGGCACCACCUACCAUCAUGGUGAAAUGUUUGUGGCAGAAGGGCUUUUCCAAAACAGGCAAGCAAACCAGUGUGCCCAGUGCAGCUGCUCAGAAGGAAAUGUGUACUGUGGGUUGAAGACUUGUCCCAAAUUAACUUGCUCUUUCCCAGUUUCUGUUCCGGAGUCCUGCUGUCCAGUGUGCAGAGGAGAUGGAGAAUUAUCAUGGGAACAUUCCGACGGAGAUAUCUUCCGGCAGCCAGCCAACAGGGAAGCCAGACACUCAUACCAUCGCUCCCACUAUGACCUGUCACCCAGCUCUGCGAGGCAGGUAGUCAACAUUCCACGAUUUCCCAAUGCCAGGAGUAACCGGGGAGUCCUACCGGAUCCCCAGCAAGCUUCAGGAACAAUAGUACAAAUCGUCAUCAACAACAAGCACAAGCACGGACGAGUUUGUGUUUCAAAUGGCAAAACGUACUCACAUGGUGAAUCUUGGCAUCCUAAUCUCCGGGCCUUUGGAAUCGUAGAGUGCGUGUUGUGCACCUGCAACAUCACCAAACAAGAAUGUAAGAAAAUUCAUUGUCCAGAACAAUAUCCCUGCAAAUACCCUCAGAAAGUAGAAGGAAAAUGCUGUAAAGUCUGUCCAGAAGUGCCAAGUCAAACCUUUGACAGCAAAGAUUACUUCUGUGGGAAAGAGACAUUUCCCGUCUAUGAAUCCAUUUUCACAGAGGAAGGAGAAACCAUCAGAAAAAUUGCAGUAGAGACUGAAAAGCCACCUCAAAUAGAAAUACAUGUGUGGACAAUUAGAAAAGGGAUUCUGCGUCACUUCUAUGUUGAAAAAGUGUCCAAGAGAGAAUUUGAAGAACUUCCUUACUUCAAGCAGAUAACAAGGACAACCCCUAGCCAGUGGAAAAUAUUUAGCGAGGGAGAAGCUCAGAUCAGCCAAAUGUGUGAAAACAGAGUGUGCAGGACUGAGCUCGAGGAUUUGGUAAAGGUUUUGUACCUUGAAAAGUCUGAAAAGGGUCACUGUUAAGGGAGACAGCACUGGAGGGAGAAACACAAGAAAACUUAUGAAAACUUGGAUCUGCAGCUGGACUGCAGGCUUAUUUUGCUUAAGUCAACAGUUGCCCUAAAACCCAAAACUAUAAUGCAGUAAUUAUUCACAUCAUGCACAGCAAAUUUGCUGCUUUAUGUGUAGUGGUCUGUGUCAACCGUUCAAAUAUCUCCUCCAAAAGACUAGGAGGCUCUGUAUUACUGGUGGGAGAAGGAGAAAGAGAGACUGUACUUUCCCAGAGUUGCAUUUCUUUACAAGUUACAAAGAGAAAACAGAACAUUUUUAUUAUUAUUAUUUGGCAAGUUAUUCAAACUAAUGAAAAGAAGGACACCUAAUAAAUGUGCAGGAGCUAUGGAGAGCAUUAUUUCCUGUGCUAAGUUUAUACCAUUUCUGGUGUUGAAAUGACUCAUGGAUUUUUUUUAGUAGUGGAGGAAAAAUACAAAUGAUACAAUACUUGUGUUGGAGACAUAAAAAACAGAUUUAAACUAACAAACUCCUAAGCAGCCUGCCUUUGGGAUGAUGUCUUGUAGUUGAGCAAACUGAGUCCAUAAACUGAACAGCAGGUGUUAGUGGCAAUCACUGUAUUUUUGUAGCAAUUUGAGCAAAUGUUCGCUUUUAAGUGGUUUUCACUGUUUCCUCCACCCACUUCUCUAAAAAAUGUAAAGUGUUAGCUCCCUAUCACAGCCCUAAUAACUUCAUUCUUCUGGGCCCUAUUAACACAUGGUCUUGGCUGAUAAACUGCCUUCUAAAGUGACUGCCAGAAGGUGGUCAAGUACUUGCCCUACUUUCAAAACACCUAGAGGGUUAAAACUCCUGAUUAGUAACUCCUUAAGAGUUGUGACAGUGCUUAAUUUAUUUCUUCCAAUUUGUUACAAACCUAAUCUUCUGCAUUUUUCUGAGAGUAACCUCUCAAUUCUCACACUUCAAGGACAGCUCUCUCCCAUGACAAACACCAAACAGCUACAGCAGGCCUCUAGAACACAGCAGUUCUGUGGAAACUGUUACCUUUGUGAAAAACAAAUCUGAGAGAUUCUGUUAAAUUUAGUAUAGCGUGUCUACAGUGUGUUUAAGAAAGGUGGCUCUCAUCUGUAGAAAAGUGUAAUUUAAAAAAUGUUUUCUCUGAAGAGUCACUAAAAUACUGCACUGCCUCAUGGCUGCAAUGUUGGAUUAAAUCCCAAGAAGCAAGUGACUCUGCCUGCUUUUGCUCCCAUUUUCUACUCCACAAGCAGACAGGAAUACUGCUGUUCAAACACACGCUAGGAAACAAAGCUUUAUGGAAAUGGUGUGAGCCAGGGGCUGGGUCUUCACAGGGAGUGAAAUCAACAUUGACAGCAAGGAUUUUGAGGUUUGUCAUUCUGCCAGCGACAGCACUCCAGGGUGUACCCAUUUCUAAAGCGACGAAGGUGGGGCAGAGUUCAGUGCUGAAUGCCAAAAGCCCAUUUCAGGCAGAGCUUCACCAUCCUGAGGGGAUCCUUGUCUUGAGCAGCAAACCCUGGCAGCCUCCCUCUGCAAUGCAGGCCUCAGGGCCAGGCUUCUUCGUGCCGCCCCGGUCCUGCCUGUGCUGCCCGCAGCGUCGGGAGGAGUGUAAUGCAGGGCUUCUCAACGAAGAGGAGCAAGUGAGGAGAACAGACAUGAAGGUGAAAGAAAGGCUGAAGGGAAUUAGGAGAAUACAUAUAGGGUGAUCUCAGGUCCUUAGCAAUCUUGCCUACAUAUAACCACCCCGUUGUCCCUAGGCCUCGGCAGAGAGCAGAUAAUAUUUAGCAAUACUUCCCUCCCUGCCAAGCGCUCAACAUGGUCCACUGCAUAACAGGAAAACACGCUAAAAAGGGAGCUCCUCCAGCAACCGUGUGGAUUUGCAAGAACGAAAUACUCUCACCUGGUAUCAGUAAGAACCACGGGGGUUUCUUUCCAAGCCUCCCUGGGCUGCAGGGAAAUCCCCCGGGGCCCCUCCGCGGCCGCAGGGCCGUCCCUGCCGGGGGCCUGGCGCGCCUCCCCCCUCCUCCUGCCCGGCCCUCGGUGUGGCAGGGCUGUUCCUCACGCGUUGUCCCUCACCCCUCGCCGCCCGCCUUGCCCUUUCCUCAACACGCCUUCCCCUCGCCGAGGGGCUCGGCUGUGCCCUGCGCUGGGGGAACCGGCCGGAACCGGCCGGAACCGGCUGGAACCGGCUGUGUCCGGCACGGGGCAGCCCCUCGGCUCUCCUCAGAGGGGAGCCUGCCGCCCCGCUGCCAGCGCCUGCGCGCCGGCACCUGGUAGCACAGAUACCCUGCCAUAGCGCAGCCUUAAUUAGCCCCCGGCCAUUAGAAGUCCUGUAUCACUGUUCAUUAAAGGGAGAGCUAAGGGAACUGUCCCACCACCUUUCCACGGGACUGUAGCCUCUGCCUCCAUAAAUCCUGUCCUGGUGUUUGAAAGGGGUGUAGCGGAUCCUAACUGAGGUCCUAAGACCUCACUGCACCAGAGGUUACUGCCGCGUGACUGCAGAAGCAGCAGUCUGGCAUCAGCAACAGCCACUGCACGUGGCACCUACUGGGUUGAAAUGUGCUGCAGAAGUGCAAAAUUGUAUUAUAAAUCUAACAGCUCACGAAUUAACCUUAUCGUUGCUUUGGUGAAGGCACUGUAAGGAAGAGGUUCUGAGGAACUGUAGCGAGCUGGUGGGAAGACCAGCAGUUGAUUUCUCACCUCACAGGCAUCAUCUGUCUGUAGCAGUAGCUGGUGGAAAAAGACUAAGUGGAAAGUGUACAGCGUUUGUAAUUUUUUUUUUUAAGAAGAAGGCAACCUGCUUUUUGUAUUUGUGACAGGACAGGUGGAAUCCAGAUUGUGUAUUUAUUUUAUAAUAAACACUUUUUAAGAGAAGCAAAAAAAACCCCAUAAGCAUCAUUUAGUAAAAUGCAGUCUUGCAUUUUUCCAGUUUCUGGUCACUUAAGACAACAAAAUACACAGUUAUAUUUUUCAUUCUCUUCAUGGGACAUAUGUCCGUUAUGGUAUUAUUUAUGUACUUGUUGUAUCACUUUGACCUGGUUUGAUAAAUUAAUAAACUCUGAAGUUGAUAACAAAACAA